AUGGACCGCAUGAAGUCUCUGGCCCGCAGCUACGUUUACUGGCCGAAUGUAGACGACGCUGUGGUGCAGUUUGUUCGCCAGUGCAAACCGUGCGCUGCUGCAGCGAAAUCCACGACGAAGGCGACCCUCGAGUCGUGGCCUCUCCCGAACAGGCCGUUGGAACGUGUCCACAUCGACUACGCUGGACCAGUCGAUGGUUACUACUAUUUCGUCAUCGUGGAUGCCUACUCCAAGUGGCCCGAGAUCUUCCGCACUCGUGCCAUAACCGCAACUGCAACCCUGGACAUGCUUCGUGAGACCUGUUCCCGUUACGGCAACCCGGACGUCCUGGUCUCAGACAACGGAACGCAGUUCACCAGUGGGCAGUUCGAGGAGUUUUGCCGUGCAAAUGGUGUCACCCACCUCCGCACUGUGCCCUACCACCCGCAGUCAAACGGCUAA